UCACUGGUUAUUCCAGCAGUAAGAAGGGGGGAAACGGGAGAGUGAUCGGGAGUAUGGACAGGCAGAAAAACGGGAGGAAAUGUGUCGUUUAAAUUGCCAGGGCUAAUCUUUUAAAAUCUGUAGCUAAAAUGAUAAGAAAUAUUGUCGGGGUCAGGGCAGUUCGGCAUACAGAUGUUACCAGCUGGAGAGAAAGCCGUUAGUCUGGCAUAACGGUAGCUAUAAUAGUGAAGAAAGAAACAUAACAGUGAUAUUUUUAUUAGUCUAUAUCCAUGUUUUUAGUCUAAUGAUUUGCGACAGAACCAUGAGCAAUAUGAAGGAUAAACCGACUAUCCGCCAACAGAGCUCGGAGAAUAACUCUGUCAGCAGUAGUGAAUGGGAUAUGGCAAAUGACGUGUUUGUGUCCGGCUACGACGAGAAUCCGAUGGGAGAUAGUGUUGCCCGCGGGGAGAGGGACCCAAUGCAGACCGACUUGGAGAGACACCUGCCGCUGUUACGGGGCGACUCGCACCGGUUAUCCCAGGAUGGCAUGAUGUUGGGCCUGGGUGGGGAGGAAUAUUCGGGCUCAUCGUAUCUGGACAUCGAGCCAAACUACACCGAAAGUGACGGGAACGUCUCAACCAAGAAACGCAUUCGGUCUAAUAGCUCCCGGCACCGGGGUGAGGUCGUCACGGAGCUGGGACCAGAGGAGGUUCGGUGGUUUUACAAAGAGGACAAGCGGACGUGGAAGCCUUUCGUCGGACACGACUCUUUGAAAAUCGAGAUUGUCUAUCUGAGAUUCUGUGAGCAGAACCCCGACAAGGUUAAACGCCCCGUUGAUCCGGUCGAGGCCGAGGGGAAGGAGACCGCCAAGUCCGGAGAGAUCCAACCGGAGAGCGCGGCGGUGGACGGUGGAAGUGUCCGGGCGGAGCCGGCGAUGCAGCGUGGCGGAGGGCAGUGGCGCUCAGCUUCAGAGGAGAUUAAACAUUCGGACAUCAGUAUCAGCGUGGAGGCAGUGUGUGUCAGAGGAGGGCUCUAUGAAGUGGAUAUCAAGGAGAAGGAAUGCUACCCUGUUUAUUGGAACCAGCAAGACCGUAUUCCUGUGAUGAGGGGUCAGUGGUUCAUUGAUGGAACAUGGCUUCCUCUGGAGGAGGACGAGAGCGACCUCAUCGAGCUGGAGCACCUCGCCCGUUUCCGGGGGCAACAGAUGAGGGACACCUACGAGAUGGAGGCGGUGACCACCACAGUGGACAGCAAGGACAUUAAGGAAUCCAUCCACAGUCUGAAGCUGAGCCGGAGUCAUGUGGACUGGCACAGUGUGGACGAGGUGUACCUGUACAGCGAUGCCACGACCUCCAAGAUUGCACGCACUGUCACUCAGAAACUGGGCUUCUCUAAAGCCUCCAGCAGUGGGACCCGUCUCCAUCGGGGGUACGUGGAGGAGGCAGCACCUGAAGACACCCCACCUGAAACUACCCACAUUGUGUUUGUGGUGCACGGCAUCGGCCAGAAGAUGGACCAAGGCCGCAUUAUCAGGAACACCAGCAUGAUGAGAGAUGCUGCCAGAAAGAUGGAGGAGAAACACUUCUCUGAUCGCACCACAGAGCAUGUAGAGUUCCUUCCUGUAGAGUGGAGGUCAAAGCUCGCUCUCGAUGGAGACACGGUGGACUCCAUCACUCCAGACAAAGUGCGAGGUCUCAGAGACAUGUUGAACAGCAGCGCCAUGGACAUCAUGUACUACACCAGUCCUCUGUACAGAGACGAGAUUAACAGGGGUCUGACUCUGGAGCUGAACCGUCUGUACUCGCUCUUCUGCUCGCGGAAUCCAGACUUUGAGAAAAAUGGGAAGGUGUCCAUCGUGUCACACUCGCUAGGCUGUGUCAUCACCUUCGACAUCAUGACUGGCUGGGACCCCGUGCGCUUUCAUCAUCAAGAAGUGCCGGACUUCGAAGAAACGAAGGCCUGCUGGCCGAGUGAUGAAGAGCGCCACCUUCAGGAACAGCUGAGACUGACACGCCUCAGGUUAAGGGACUUGGAAGAUCAGUUCCAGGGUCUGCAGACCUCGUCUUGUGUUUCAGUGCCAGCCUUGAAAUUCAAGGUAGAGAAUUUCUUUUGCAUGGGCUCUCCUCUGGCAGUUUUCUUGGCAUUGCGAGGGAUCCGUCCUGGAAGCAACAGCGUGCAGGACCACAUCCUCCCCACCUCAAUCUGCAAACGCCUCUUCAACAUAUUCCAUCCCACUGACCCUGUGGCCUAUAGAUUGGAGCCUCUUAUCUUAAAGCACUAUAGUAACAUCUCACCUGUUCAAAUCCACUGGUAUAAUACCACCAGCCCCACACCGUACGAUCAGAUCCGGCCCACACUGCUCAACCCUCAGAAGGAGACCACAUCCAUAUCAGACUCAGAGAGCAUUCCCAGCCCAUGCACCUCCCCACCCCAGGCCCGACGGCACUAUGGAGAAUCCAUCACCAGUCUGGGCAAGGCCAGCAUUAUGGGUGCUGCAAGUCUCGGUAAGGGAAUUGGGGGAAUCCUGUUUUCCCGCUUUUCCCGAUCCAGCAGCCAGGUGGGCGGAGUGGAGGAGGAGCCGUCAGACUCUGAAGGUGUCGCCUCUGAAGUGGAAAACGUGGCAUCGGGAGAGGAAGGAGCGGCGGUGGCAGAAAGUGAGGAUAAAGACAAACAAAUGGAGGAGGAGACAAGGGAGGUAGAGCCUGCUAUGUCCCAGUCCACCUCAGCAGUCAUGGACCACACCUCAUUGGAACUGGAGAGACGCAUCGACUUUGAGCUGAGAGAAGGCUUGGUGGAGAGCCGCUAUUGGUCAGCAGUGACCUCACACACAGCCUACUGGUGCUCUUAUGAUGUUGCUCUGUUCCUCCUCACCUUCAUGUACAGACCACAAGAGCCGCCUGAAACUGAAGAAGACAACACGGACACCUCAUAACAUAAGUGCAAACUAACACAUGGAGCCAUCCAUCACUAGGGUCAAUUCACUUUCUAUUCAUGCUUUUUGAAACAAAAAUGAAAGCCUACACCAUGGGAUAUAAAGAGAGACUUCAUUCUUCAUUUUGGAAUUUCUGUAUAAUUAGAAAAUAAUCUGUGCUUCAUACAGUUUUGAAAAGUGCUAAAUAUAAAAAAUAUUAUUUAAUAUACUGUUAAAAUACAUUUCUGAAACGUGAAAUAUUGGAAUUACAGAAUGAUUUGUCGGUGAAGUUUUACUUUUAAUUUUUGGCAGUAAUGACAUGUUUUAAAACAUGAAAAUGAAAGCUGUAGUUUUUGUACAUGGUGGGAUCACAGAUGGCAACUAAAAUUUCAGUUUGGUUGAAUGAUUUCGUUGUAAUAUCGGCAGUCCUUGGCUUCACACACUGCUAGCAGAGCAAAACUGGAAUGACUGUUAUAAUUGAGUGAAUUGAAAAUGAAUUGACCCACACAUACACACAAUUACACACAAUCACUGAUUUCACACUACAUCUAAAUUCCUCCCAGUUUACACACUCUAACCUCGAUGUGACCUUUGACUGAGCGGACAUAUACUGUGCCCAGACCCAGCCCUCAGUGAAGUAUUUGCUCUCAAAGCCUGUCCUCUGUUUCCUGGUCCUUUCUCUCUCAGCAUCAACCCUGCUGUGUUUGACUGUAUCAGUUACGCUCCCGCUGAUGGUUACCUGUCUCACUAUGAAGCUCUGUCCAUUGGUCGUCCAGUUUCUAGACUGUCGAUGUGGUGCUGAAGCUCUAGCCCCCAUGCUUGUUCCAGGACUAACCUUCUGAUGUAUAUGUCACUCCUGUGAUUUCUCAAAAUCUGAUCUGAUAAGUGAUCAUGUAGCUGUCUUAUUUUAGAGAAGGACAGCUGUCAUAAGGGAAUUAUUUUCCAACACAAUGCACUACACAGAAACUGAAUCUUAAAACCAGAAUACUUUACAGAGAAUCAGAAACAAUCUGACAAAAUAUCCCAGUUAAAACAGCAUUAAGUGAUUUUGACCACUAGGGGGCAGAAAGACUUUCAAAAUACACUCCCUGCAAUAGAGCUGUGAUAUACUAUCAGCUUGUCUUAUGGCUAAUAUACUGUAUUAACAAACACUUGCCUAACUCUGCACAGCUAUGCACAGCUACCCGGAUUACAGUCUGCUUUCUCCUGUAAGAUGACUUCUAAAUGUCAUGUAAACAAGAAUCUAAUGCAGGUGGGAGAUAAGAGUAACCUGAUUUCUGCUGUAGAGCCCCAGUAUCUCUGCCAUGUGUACAGGUAACAUGUGUACAGGUUUCUACUCAGCUUUUUACAUACAUGCAAGUGCUUAACAAGAAAAGUAUCAGAGCAGAGCAUGUAGCAAAACAUUUUUGUAUUUAAAAUAAUUCAAUUCAAUUCAAUUCAAUUCCAAGUAAAUUUGAGUAAAUUUAUCAGAGUAAAACUGAAACUAACACAAAGUAGCGUAAAUGAGUGGGUUUCCACCACUGAGCAUGUUAAACUGGCACACAUUCAUGCUGUGAGGAAGAGCUGUUCUGUCUGUCUGUCCUCUCGCUGCACUGUCACCUCCAACACGCACAACAAAAAAAGAAAAGAAGUUCUGGAAGCAGCUAUCUUCUAUCACUGAUACAGUUCAAAUCAGUGAGCCAUGCUUCCAAAAUAAGGUUUAGGGUAGAGGAAAAAAUCUGGUUACUGAUCUGCUGCAUGUAUACUUAUAUUAAAAGUAACUUGAUUACUUAAAGGAAAACUCUGGUUCAUUUGAACCUGAUAUAUUUCCCAAAAAUGCAGCCAUUGUGGCUCUAUGUGUCAUGCUAAUUUUGCUCUCUCCAGCUCGUUUAUAGAGAUUUGGGGGAUUCACAAAAAGGCGGUUAUUGCUCAAAACAACGAUCAUCGAGCCAAGCUGCUGAGACACCUACAUCUUUCCAAAUAACAUGAUUUUUCUCUCCAUCUGUGACUGUCUGCGGGAGGAAAAGCUGCCGGCAGCAACAAAAACAACAGAAAUCCUCCUCGCUUCUCGCCAUGCAGCUCUUCAACUUUUCAGCUGUCUGUUCCUGCAGUUAUCAGCUGGUAAAAUCUUGUUUAAAAACGUUUAAUUGCGGUGUAACCAGAGCUCCACCGAAACUGCCUGUCCUGUCUAUCAGCUGAAGCUGUCUGCUGUGGAGCAGCUCUGCCGAAACUGAACCUGUUCCGCCGAAACUGGCAUUUAGGUGGAGCUGCUCUGCAGCGGACAACUUCAGCUGACAGGUCGGCUGCUGCUCUGCAGUAGACAGGUCCUGUCAGCUGAAGUUGAUAGCUGAAGCUGUCUGCUGCAGAGCCUAAACGCCAGUUUCGGCAGAGCUGCAUUGCAGGUUCAGCUGACAGGUCCACUGCUGUAGCAGCUCUGACCGCUGUGGAGCUGCAGAGCUGCAGAGCUGUGGUCGGACAGGUUCAGUAACGGCUCCGGUUGCACUUUAUUUAAUGUUUAAAAAAACAUUUUACCAGAGGAUAACUGCAGUAACAGAGAGCUGAAUAAUUAAAUUCAUUAAAUAAUUAAAGAGCCACAGGACGAAAUGCGAAAUAACUUCUGGCCCGUUUAAAUUUUGUUGCACUGUUUGUCUUCCUCUCGUUAUUAUUAUAUGUUGCUGCAGCAACUUCUGCCCCUCUGCCUCACACAGCCACUCACCCUCAGUUCCCCCUCAGUUCACUUGCCCCCUCUCUCUUUUUCUCGUCUUUUUUAAAAUGAGUCGGGGAAACCCAACGCUUUAUUUCUGUAAUUCACAGGCUUUCUCUCUCUCUCAGAGAAAGCUUCUCACUGCUGUCACUCCUCACCAGUGCUGUCUCUCUGUCGCUCAUUCUUAUGCUUAGUUCGUUCGCCCUCUCUCUCUUUUUCUCUCCUUUUUUCAAAUGAGUCAGAAUCCCACAACAAAGCCUAACGUUAACGUUAUCAAACGAAGAGAGAUGUCGUCUCCUCCUUUCUCUCAUGGGUGGGUUGUACAGCUCUGACCAUGACAUGCAAUAGCAGAGCCCAGAAGCCCCACCUGCUGGUGCAGAACUGAGUGACUGGUGGUUUGCUUGUUUAUUUCAAGUUUAUUAAUAUUAAACAUAUUGCGUGUCCAAAUGGCACCAAAUUUUGACACUGCACUCCCUUGUAUCCCCAGCAAUGCACCUGCCGAAUAUGAAGUAGAUUGGAUAAACAGUUCUUGAGAUAUGCGAAGGACAUACAUACAUACAUACUUACAGACAGACAGACAGAUAUUCCUUGCUUUAUAUAAAGAGACAUAGAGAGAUGAUUGGUUGCCUGAAAAGGGGCGACAGUGACAACACCAGCGCCUUUCUGAAAAGUUCAGAGAUUUUCAACUAGACGCACAAAAAAGUUGGAGCACUCUGAAAAAAGAGCACUUUUUCUCUAGGCAGCCACAUACACUCUCUCCUCACUCAGAAAAAAAACACUAUAUGGACACUCAGCCUCAGGAGGUGAUCACUUCAUGGCCAGUAUGGAGAGGAGGAAUUACAAUCUGAAACUGUCCUUUAAUGUGAAAAACAUCACUUAAUGGAGCUUUAACUUUGAAGCUUUGACUGAAGCAUCAGCUCUACUCUGCACACCAACUCAUGUGUCAUAUCAUCAUGUUUACAUGGAAUGAACUAUCUAUUAGGAAUUAAGAACAUAAUACUGAUUGUUUAGGUGAUAAAAACUGGUGGCCAAAUGUUUGUGAGUUGCCAACAGACCAUGGUUGUUCUUGUAGAUAACGGCAGGAUGUCUGACUUUAAUGUCAGUCAAAUAUCAGGCACAAACUAAACUAAAAUCUCAUAUUGCAUAUGAUUUGAUACUUGACUGCUCUUUGUACUGAGGCAACUCACCAAAUAUCAUUCAUAUCAGACCAGGGUCAAAGAUUCUAAAUAAAAUAGUGACCAAGGUUUGAUAUCCAUGGAAAAAGUGACAUCUAAGAAUAUUUUAUACACAUUUAUUUGUUGAUCUUUAAGAAUUUUUAGUUUUUAAGGAAUUAAAAUCACACUUAGGUUCAAACAAAGCAUGAUAUGGAUAUGUGCCAUGUGCUUCAAUUGCUGAGACAUGGAGAAAUGAGCAUGCAGACAAACAUUUAGAACCUGCAGAUUCUACAGGGUUUAAUUACAUUUAAAACAUUAAUGAGGAACUGAGAAACAUUUAAACUUGCCAUAUGUGAAGCUUGACAUUUUUUAUUUUUACAUUUAUGUUUAUUAUUUUGUCGUGAUACAUGUUUACAAUACAGUUUUUCUGUUUGAUUUUCAUACUUGGUGUAUAUGUACCUUACUCCCUUUAGUAAAUUAGUUUUAUGCCUAAAAACAUCUGGAGGUGAAGCCUGUGGACGCAGCUGGACACUAAAUGUUUCAGGGUGGCAAAGUAGAGGGUCAGGUCUCGGCUCUGCCCAGUGAGGUGAAGUUCAGUUGAUGAAAUGAUUCUGCCUCCAAGAAAGGUUUAUGUAAUAAAGUUAUUUAAGCAUUUUCCUCACUGGCCACCUGCAGCUCAAACAAUGAAGUCAAUUUGAUUAGAAAGAUGUGGUUCACCAAAGCAUGAUUGUUUAUGUAACAGCGACACCAUAUCUUUGAAUUGUGUUUCUAUGCAUUAUGUUUUCAGUUUGAAAUGUAAUGCUGAAUGUUCACUUUCUGUUAUUCAAGUCGUUCUUCCUACAAUACCUGGAUUUACACUUGAGCGUGGUUAUGGUGGAUAAGGUCAUUAAGUUAAGGCACCUCAUUUUUUAUGUUGAUAUAAAAAAAGCAACUUUACCAUUAUUUAGUAAAAAUACCAUAAUUCAAACAUCAAACAUCAUGAUUUAUAAAAUGACUUAAGUCAUUCUAGCACAUUAUCAGCACCUCCUAUGCAUUUCCUCCCUCAGUUUUCUUUUCACUUUCUAUUUUCCUAUCUGUCUUCAUGAUAAUAACAUUGUAUACCGUAAGAUGAUAAUAAUUUGCUAACCAUCAGAGAUUUGGAUUAAUGUUUAUACUUUUGUCAACGCUGGUAAAAACGGACAACAAUGAGCCUGAAUUGAAGGUUCAGCAACUAAUAGCACUAUUGUAUGUAAAGGAUAGAGGAAAGUGCUGAAUACAGUUAAACAGUAAAAUGGGGUGGGAAUCCACAUAUAAAUUAAAAGCCACACUACUUUUUGCAUCGGUACUAAAAGAUGAGGUUGCAAAUAUGCAUAAUAAGUGGCAUAACAAUUCUCCCUGAACAUAAAUUGCUGAUGCAUAAAGUUGCAUUAUGAUUAUAAAUUGCAGAGACAGGUUAGCAUUGUUUGCAGCACUGGGUGGCAGCCUGGUUAUUGACAAUCACUGCUGGUGUUUCCCUCUCUGCUCCUGUGUAAUGUUACUACUGAUGUUACUGCUGCCUACCAACAGCUCUAUCUGUCCUUGUUUACACAUCUUUCUGGUAAACACUCUUCUCCAUAUGGAACACCUUACGCCUACCAUGACCCGUGCCAUAUCUAAGCAUCAUGAACAUGCACUCUAGAGAGUAGUGUGCCCUACUGUACUGAAGACAGAGGUGGUGUUGUGAUGUUGGGGUACUCUCCACCCAGCAGCUUUUUAUUGCCUUGGACUGUGACUGAGGUUCAUUUUCCUUCUCUUCAGUAAGUUGAAAAUAAAAUUUCAGAUAGCUGUAGAUCAAUAUUUGGAAUAAAGUAAGUUAUUGUAACCUAAAGUCAUUAUUUGGUGAAAGUAAAUAUAAUAAUAUAUAAAUUAUUUUGCAAAGUGCCAUUGACUAUUUUAGAAUGAAACACAUCAAAUGUUGAACUACAGCUCACAUCAACAUGAUCUUUCAUUGAAAUGAACUGAUUAAAAUGAAUAACCCUUCAUUGCACACAAGCACACUGUCAUUCUGUUGCUCACUCUUUCUACCCUCGCUGUACUGAUACUUCUCGGAUGAUGUGGUGCUUUACCUUGAUAGAUCUUUGAUUUUUCAUUAAAAUAAAGGGACGUACA